ACAAAAAAAAAAACACGCAGAUUCCAUCACGCAGCCGUCUGUCAACAAUCAACCGACAAUUACAGUGCGUUGUCUCUCCAUCCUCUCGACUGCGUGGCUUUAGGGGAGAACUGAUUUCACUGAUUUCUCUAAAAGACCAAUCAAUUAUGACCCUGAAGGAUUGGGGAUAUCGAUUGUUUCCGGGUCUUAAGUGGCUGCAUGGCUAUACCGGCCAAGAUGCGGUGGCCGAUAUGAUAGCUGGGGUUACUGUUGGGCUGACGGUGUUGCCCCAGGGACUGGCCUAUGCCACACUGGCGGGCCUGGAGCCUCAGUACGGCCUGUACUCGGCUUUCGUUGGUGGAAUUGUCUACGCUUUGCUUGGCAGCUGUCGACAGGUGACCAUUGGGCCGACGGCUUUGCUCGCCUUGAUGACCAGCCGGCACACAGGCUUUGGACUGGGCUCGGGACCGGCCUACGCCAUUCUAUUGUGCCUCAUCUCGGGUGUGGUGGAGAUGGGUAUGGCUGUGCUGAAGCUGGGUGCACUGGUGGACCUCAUUUCGCUGCCGGUGACAGUGGGUUUCACUUCGGCCACGGCUGUUAUAAUUGGCACAUCUCAACUAAAGGGCCUAUUGGGAUUGCGUGGAGGUUCGGGAUCAGAUUUCAUCAAUACCAUGCGCUCCGUGCUGGGGAACCUGAGCCAGGUGCGACGCGGUGAUGUUACCCUAGGACUGGUUUCCAUUACGGUUCUACUGCUGUUGCGGAAACUAAAAGACGUGAAGUUUGCUGGGCGAGUCCGCAGCUUGAGAGCACAGCAAUUGAUUAGCGGCACCAUUUGGGUGAUAGCCACUGGUCGAAAUGCUCUGGUGGUUCUCGUGACCAGUGUGCUGGCCUACAGCACGUGUAAGCAGAUGGACACCUGUCCGUACAUCCUCACAGGAAAGGUAAAGAGCGGCCUGCCUAACAUCACACUGCCCAAGUUUGAGACCACAAUUUUGGACAAAAAUGGCACCGAGCUUACGCAGAACUUUGAGCAAAUGGUGUCGGAGCUGGGGCCCUCGAUGCUUAUAUUGCCCAUUAUUGCUGUGCUCGGAAACGUGGCCAUCUCUAAAGCAUUUGGUGGUGCCGGACUGAGUGCCACCCGGGAACUGGUUGCCCUCUCUAUGAGCAACAUUUGCGGUGCCUUUUGCAGCUCCAUGCCGGUCACGGGCUCCUUCUCGCGCAGUGCUGUCAAUCAUGCCAGUGGGGUGCGAACACCGCUUGGUGGCUGCUACACAAGCGUGCUGGUCCUUCUGGCACUGGGCCUGCUGGCGCCGUACUUCCAGUACAUACCGAAGGCCGCUCUCAGUGCGGUCAUCAUCUCGGCUGUGAUAUUUAUGAUUGAGUUUGAGGUCAUCCGACCACUGUGGCGUUGCAGCCGUCGGGAGCUACUGCCAGGUGCCAUUACCUUUGUGAUGAGCCUGGCUGUGGGUGUGGAGAUUGGGCUGUUGCUGGGCGUUGGUGCGGAUGUAGCCUUCCUGGUCUACCGCGCAGCACGACCCGUUCUGAGUGUGUCCAAGCUGCAAACCAUCAAUGGCAUCAACUACAUAUUGAUUCGUCCCAAGCACAGCUCGCUCUACUUUCCUGCCAUCGAGUGGGUUCGCUCUGGCAUCUCUAAAGCCUUGACGACGCAUGGAACUGCGCCGGUGGUCCUGGACUGCGCUCAUGUGCAUGAUUUUGAUUUCACUGCCGCGCGAGGCAUGGGGUCGCUGCACAAGGAGCUGGCUAAAGCGAACGUUCCAUUGUUCUUGAUGAGCGCUCACAAGGAUAUCGGGGUCAUCCUGAAGGAGUCAACCAGCAUUGAUUUCCCCACGAUAGACUGUCCGGAUGACUUGGAAUGCAUUUUGGAACAAACGCCCGACUACGAGCUUCACUUGCAGAUUGCAGCUCCUCUUGUGGAAUCUCGAAUUAGCCGUGGAACAAGCGAUGCAGUUGACGCGUGUAGUCCAAGCGAACUAAGUAGACUCAAUGGAAAAUCGACUUGAACUGCGAAAGUCGGAAAGCAAAGCUCAUUUGAUUGUACUUAAGUAUACGUUUCAUGCGUUCAGCAGAAGGCACAAAUAGUUGUAAGAAUUAAUUUUUGAUAUUUGUUCCCCGGUAAUAUUCCUGUACAAAAGAUUGGCCUCUCGUAUUACACAGCUCUCUAGGCUUCCAGCGGCAUGCAGUAUAGUAUUUAACGAUAUCACCAUUUCAUUUACAACAACUGUCAUUCCUAUUUCCCCAUUUUGUAGUAUUCGAAUAGAUUAGACAUAAUUUGUAUAUACAGAUACAUAG